AUGUCAGAAUAUAUUAGUACUAGUUCAGCUUAUGCGUCAAAACAAUUGACAAAGGAUGUAUUUACUAGUGUAAAUAAAAAUCCAGAUAAUAGAGUCUGCUUUGAUUGUGGUUCUAAAAAUCCUACAUGGACAUCGGUCCCAUUCGGUGUAUUAGUUUGUAUUCAAUGUUCAGGUAUUCAUAGAAACUUAGGAGUUCAUAUAACCUUUGUUCAAUCAACUAAUUUAGAUAAAUGGACUAUUGAAAAUUUAAGAAGGUUUAAAUUUUCUGAUAAUCAUAAAGUACGCGAGUUUUUCAUCAAGAAUAAUGGCUCUAGAUAUUUAAACAUGGAUCCUCGUUCCAAAUAUACUUCAAGUGUUGCUCUAAAAUGGAAGAAGUAUCUAGAUGAAUUGUCAUUACAGGACAAGCAAGAAUAUCCUGAUACCAUUGUGUUGGAAAGUUCGUCACUUACUACUUCUGCAAACACUACGACUUCUACUAUUGAAAGUGGUGGUAGUAAUACAUCUUUAAACGAUUCUGAAGGCAAUCUUUCUCCAACUACACCAAUGCUGGAUGCAACACCUACAACUCCAAUUGUGGAUGAUUUUUUUUCAAAUUGGCAGAAACCAAGUAUAAAAAAAGAACCAUCUUUAUCUAAUGUUUUAGCUAAAAAUAACAAGUCUGAUGAAUCUAUGACAAAGCCUGUAUCAAUUACAAGAAGAACUACUUCAUCUUCAAUCUCAAGUAAUAAUAAAGGCGAUGCUAAAUUGAAAAAGCAUUCGAUUCUCUCUUCCACAAGGAAGCCUAAAAAGUUAACUUCUAAAAAAUUAGAUAAAGAUAGUGCAACUGAAUUAUUUAAUCAAUUUGAAGAAGAUGCUUCGAAAGAAGACGAGAUUAAUAAAACCAAUUCAUAUUUAAAUACCCACAAGACUUUAGAAUCGUUAUCUCUAUAUAAUAAUACGGAGUAUAAAGAAACUUCAUUUAAUGAGCAUGACACAGAAUUAUCACAAGGAUAUACUCAUACUUUAGAAACUACAAAAGACAAUUCAAAGAAUAAUACCUAUUCAAAUUCUGAAAAACACAUUCAAAAAUUAGGUUUUGGUAUGACGCGAAAUAAUAUUGAAGAACAAAACAAUCAAUCAACACCAAGAAAUGAUAAUUAUUCUGGUAAACUUGUUGAAAGAUAUGGAGAUCAAAAAUGCAUAUCCUCAGACCAAUUAUUUAAUUGUAAUAAUGCUGCUGAUAACGAUGAGUUUAAUCAAAGAAAAACUGAAUUCAUUAAUGCAAGUUCUAUUUCAUCAGAUAUGUAUUUUGGUAGAGAUGAAAAGGACAAUGUUAACAAUAUGAAUGCAAAAUCUUCUUAUAUAAACUAUGAUGUUUAUUCGAGUAAAUUGAGCAAUGGGUUAAGUUCAAUUAAGGAGACUAUAGUAAAUAAUGGUUAUGUUGAUAUUAACGAUUAUAUCAACCAAGAAGAAGUAGCAAAUCUAAAAGAAAAAUAUGAAGUUGGUAAAGCAAGAAUAGCUGAGUAUUGGAACUCGUAUAUGCAAAAAUGA